UAAGCAUAAAGGUCACCAUUUACGCACUUCCCAACUCCCCUCAACUGCAUUUCCUGCAAACGCACUGUCCUGCAAAGUGCGUUUUUGAAUCUCGAAUUAAUCAAAAGUGGGGCCCAAUUAAUUUACCAUGAGAGAAAAUCCUGCACGCUUGCGCACAAUUCAGCAGUAGACGAGUCAAAUAAUCCUGCUGAAAGUUCCGGUCUGCGACAGGAAUAAUCUCGACGAGUCAGCAGGAUAUCCAACCCCGAACUAUCGAUUCCAACUCACCUAUCUGUGUUUAUUUACCAGAAAUGUGAAAAUGAGUGAACAAAGAAGCAACAAUGACAUGUCGGGGACUGUUUUAAUUUGCAAAGUUGUCAUAAUUGCCGUGUUUGUGUACCCUUUACUCCACUACACUUUCUUUAACAAAAGUGAGGAAACUCCCGGAACAAACCAAUCAGAAAUUGCGUUUAACCAAACCGAAGAACCGGAAACAGCACACAAAGUGAAAAAAAUCGCAAGAAUCGUCCUGGAACAACCCUCGUGUCCCAUUUCGUACCUGCAAGUCGUCCUGCAGGACCUGUGCCGGGAGCUUUUCCUGCUGCACGAACAAUGCACACCGGAAGACGUCGACAAUUUGGAAAAGCACAAAUUGCCGAAAAUUUCUGCUAGAAAUAACACAACGAGUGAGCCGAGGGGCACCAUCGUGGGGUGUGUGGCCGCAGGACUCCUGCUGACGUCGCUCGGGGCCGCUUUUUUAGAGCUUUACAAGGCUAAAAGUCAGACUCCGGUCAAGAACACCAAACCGACAAUGAGCAGGAAAUGCUCGUUGGCCGAUUUGACUGUCUUGAAGCACAACAGGAAGGAGCUGGUCAGGAGGGAGUCCAUUAUGGAACUGCCGGAAAAUGGGGGCCAUUUAAAACAACUGGGUUUUAGACCACCCCCUCUAUAUCGAAGAUGUUCGUUUCCGGUCGGACCAAGCGAGCUGUCUUGUGGAAAUUCGUACGCAACUUAUCAAGAGUCUCGUCGAUGUUCCAUAGAAUCUCGCCGACUUUCGAUAAUCGAUAGUCGAAGAAACUCUGUCGAUUGCAGAAAAGCCUCGAUCGAUGGUCGAAGAAUAUCUAUCGAUAAUGAAUCGCCAGAGCGUCGCCAUUGGUCCAGGCUUGUGCAUAGACAUUGAACACUUCGAGUAAAUGUGCACAAAAAUUAUUGAUGUAACCAUUUUUAAAAAUCUCGUAUAGUCUAUUGUGAAUUUUAUGCAAAAAUCAAGUCCAUAUAAAAUUAAUUUAUUUUGGAAAAAUAAUUUACACUGUUU